CCCCGCCCCGCCCCGCCCCGCAGGGAGCUCCCGCUCUGUCGGCCCGCGGCCCCGUCUGGCCCGGCCACCCCGCCGCCCGGCCGGCGCCAUGCAGACCUUCCUCAGGGGCAAGCGGCUGGGCUACUGGCUGAGCGACAAGAAGCUCAAGAAGCUCAAUUUCCAGGCCUUCGCCGAGCUGUGCAGGAAGCGAGGGAUCGAAGUCGUGCAGCUGAACCUCAGCCGGCCCAUCGAGGAGCAGGGCCCCCUGGACGUCAUCAUCCACAAGCUGACCGACGUCAUCUUGGAAGCCGACCAGAACGGUGGCCAGUCCCUGGAGCUGGUGGGCAGGUUCCAGGAAUACAUUGACGCCCACCCCGAGACCGUCGUGCUGGACCCCCUCCCCGCCAUCCGGACGCUGCUGGACCGCUCCAAGUCCUACGAGCUCAUCCGCGAGAUCGAGACCCACAUGAAGGAUGACAGGAUCUGCUCACCGCCCUUCAUGGAGCUGACGAGCCUGCGUGGGGAGGACACCCUGAGACUCCUGGAGAAGAACGGCCUGGCCUUCCCCUUCAUUUGCAAAACCAGAGUGGCUCAUGGCACCAACUCACACGAGAUGGCCAUCGUGUUCAACCAGGAGGGCCUGAGCGCCAUCCGGCCGCCCUGCGUGGUCCAGAGCUUCAUCAACCACAACGCUGUGCUCUACAAGGUGUUUGUGGUGGGCGAGGCCUACACCGUGGUGCAGAGGCCUUCCCUCAAGAACUUCUCGGCCGGCGCCUCAGGCUGCCCCUCAGGACCGGCUCUCGCGCCCCCCGUCGGGACUGGCUCUGGCCGGAGCGGUGGGAGGACUGUCGGGCACCCCGGGGCGGGAAGGAUGCCAGACCGAGAGUCCAUCUUCUUCAACAGCCAUAACGUGUCCAAGCCAGAGUCCUCGUCCGUCCUGACGGCGCUGGACAAGAUCGAGGGCGUGUUUGAGCGGCCGAGCGACGAGGUCAUCCGGGAGCUCUCGAGGGCCCUGCGGCGGGCGCUGGGGGUGUCACUGUUUGGCAUCGACAUCAUCAUCAACAACCAGACGGGCCAGCAUGCCGUCAUCGACGUCAACGCCUUCCCAGGCUACGAGGGCGUGAGCGAGUUCUUCACCGACCUGCUGAACCACAUCGCCGCGGCGCUGCAGGGCCGGAGCAGGGACGCGGCCGCCGCGGGGGACUCGGCCGACAGGCCCGCGGCUGAGCGGACGUGCGGCCCCCGAGGCCCGGACUCGCCCUGGAUGGCCGAGGCGGACGCGGGCGGCGGGACGAAGCUGCCGCACCAGAGACUGGGCUGCACCGGCGGUGCGCCGCCCGGCUUCCAGCAGCACUGCGUGGGCUCGCUGGCCGCCAAGGCCUCCUCCCAGUAGCCGGCCGCCGGGCCCCUCGCCCCCGGUGCCCUGCCCCGUGCCCUGCCG